UAAAAGGAAGGAUGUGAUAAUAGCUUCAAAAGGAAGGAUGUGCUAAUAUUAGAAGAUAUUACGUCAUUGUUUGUUGUUUAUGUUUUAUGCGAAAGCAAAGAAUCGGACGGAAAUAAAAGUUAGUUAUAUAUCUAGAUCUAUAUGUCUACCUUGAUAAAGACAGUCUCGUUAUUAUCAUUAUUAAUUAGUAACGUCUACAGUAAAUUAUUAUUAAUCUGUGACAACAGAACAUCAUCUAUUAAAUUAAUAUUAGCCUAUUAAUACAAGUUUGAAGCCGGAAAAGUUUGAUUUCUAUACGAAAUUCUACCCAAGAGAAUGAUCGUAUUUAUGACAGUCAGCUUGUGCCUACAUUUACAGUUUACAGCCCCUCUCACAGUCACAUGUUCAUACAUGUAACAUGAGAAUGACUUUCUGACGGAAAACUUCUGACUAUUAUGGGGAAAACAUUUUUUUUUUGGUCUACGAAGUUACUAGAUCUAUAUAACAGUUUGAUAACCACUGCGUAUUUACCCCGUUUAGAUUUACUAAUAUUUAGCUAAUUAACAAAUUAGCAUAGAAGCUCGUGACGUGUUUAGUAAGUAUUCUUGGUGCUUAUUCAGUUACUGCUAACCUGGACAGCUUCCGUUUGCCCGGUGAUUGUUUAUCGAAACAUUGAAUGCACCUUGUGCGAUUGUCUGGCUAUGCUAUAGAAUAUCAACACCAACACAUAGACCUAGUGUGACAUAGUGACAUAGCAGAUGUUCCUUCAGAGUUGAAAUGAAUGAAGAUAAUCUACUUCCUAGGCGAAACCUUUGCAAAAUGGCGGGGAUGGCAGUGAACAGGUAUGAAUCCUGGACCAAUGGCAAUCCAGCACACAUACCACAUGGCCAGGCAGCUUUUUCAUGUUUUGGAAUAGGUACAAGGCUGCAGAAGUUUGAAUUAAGAGUUUUUCUUCUCCUAGGUGGUAGCUAGCCAUUGUUAAUGAGCCCCUCCUCCCUGAAUCUUACUGGUUCAGACCCAGUUACCUGCCUUCGUCCAUCACCUUUCAUUGAAAACAGUUUCCCUUGGCUCAACAUCUAAGCCACACUUCUUGGACUAGUUUUCGACAUUUUAUAGGUAUUGGCGUGCUUAUUAAAUAUAAUAUCAAUUACCACUUCUGGCAAUGACAACCUUUCUGGACCUAUAUGUGUCCAGGAAAGAAGGGGGCACUACAAUUACUAUUUUAUAGAAAAAAUAAAAUAAAAGAAGGUAGGUAGGUAAACAAAAAAUUUACAGCCCACGGAUCUUUGAUCUAGAUCUUUUCUAUAUUCAAGCAUCUAUAAAAACUUAAUAAGAGGGCAAUUUUGAUAGGUCAUACUUAAAUGGCAGGUUUUCAUCUACAGUUUUAAUUUAUAAUUAAAUUAUUUCUGAACUUGAGUAUUCCAUAUUCUAGUUAGGCAUGUCUGAGAUUUUAUUAGGGGGCACGGUGGUGGAGUGGUUAAGCACUUGGCUUCUGAACCUGGGGUCCUGGAUUUGAAGACUGGGAUUUUGAAUUUCGGGAUUUUUAGGGCGUUCUUGAAUCCACCCAACUCUAAUGGGUACCUGACUUUUAUUUGAGAAAGUUAAGGUGGUUGGUCGUUGUGCUGGCCACAUGACACACUUUUUUCUAAACCAUUGGCCAAAGAAACAGAUGACCUUAACAUCAUCUGCCUUAUAGAAAGCAAGGUCUAAAAGGGGAACUUAACUAUUCUAACUCUGAGAUUUCAGGUAUUUAGAAAACAUGUUAUUACUUACUUACUUGUAUAAGGAAGAAAAACGCACAAUCCGAAAAAUGGCCAGCUCCUCUACCACCGAAACAAAAGCCACCUUAACCUGCGCUAUCUGUGGACGGGAGUGUCUCUCCAAAAUAGGGCUCCACAGCCACAUGAGGAAGUGUGCUCUGAGAUGAACCAUAGUCGUUCUACGACUGAAGGAGGCCAAUGAGAUCUGAAGCCAGGGUUUUAUGGCUCAAUAAUAAAAGCUAAAAUGUAACUCUUCCAACUUACCUAGAUAACAAUAAGCUGUCAAAUAGUGUACAGGAGACUAACUUUGAUAAUAAAGACUUCUGCUUUAACUUAGGUCAAUCCUUAGCCAAGAUAAAUCAGCAAUAUGCUCCUGCAAAAGGAUAAUACAUUUUUUCAAAAGAAAUAGAAACUAAUGAAGACUGUUGUCAGGAUGGUGCCAAGUUUGAGCAAUGACCGCCAUCAUCCUCCCUGUCCUCCAGUUGUGGUCUUAAACUUUAUAUCUAAGAAAAACAAACAGAACCAGACUUUUUUAAUGCUAAAUAACAACCAGGCCUGUACAAUUGUCUACUGAAUAUAUUAGGGACUUGAUGGUAAUGUUUUGAAUCAUUCAGUGUGGAAUCAAAUGUAUCAGUGAUAUUCAAACUAUGAUCCAUAGGCCCAUAUCCAGCGAGUGACAGGUCUUAACUGGUCACUUGAAAAAUUCUCGCUAUGCAGAAUGAAGCAGAAAAGACUUAAUUCAUUGAACACCACAAUUUUGUGUGACCUGUGACACACAUAUUGCACACGUGUGGCCCCUAGAGCAAACAAGAUUCAGCACCAUUGUAAUACAUCUUAAGUUUGCAAGCCAACAUAAUUUUUUAUUUGGAUCUGAGAACAUUUAUCUAGUAUCAAGUAUCUAACACUAUUCAACAUUUUCUGACAGCUGAAACUUUGCAAAAUACAUGGUUACAAGGAGUGUUCCUUAAGUGUGUGUGUGUUAAAAUAAAAAAUUGUGCUGUCUCGUGUAUUUCAAUGAAGUGUGAUUUAUCAGUAUAUUGUAACAAGUACUGCGUCUCUGUGUAACUGGUUUCUAAAACUAACAUAAACUAUUUUGCUAAAAAAAAAUAAUUAAAUGUACUUUUUUUCCUUUAAGAUAGGACUUUUUUUUUCCUUUUAGUACAAUACUUAUAGUAAUUUUUAUCAUAAUAAAUCAAUACAAUGUGUAUAUAAUUUAGCAUUUGUCUGCCUUUAGAUGUAUAAAAAUGAAUUUUGUAAAGAUUCUUUUUUUUUUUAAACUAAUUAAAUAAUGAUACUUUUGGAGGUAUUUGGCACUAUAAAUAUCUUUUCAAAUAUAUGAUAUAUGCUUUUUAGAAAAGCAUGUAUAGGCUCUUUGCAAGUCAGUGUGGAUUUCGAGCUGGGAGAGACACAUCUGACAUGAUAUUUUCUAGCAUCAAAUGCAGGAAAAAUGCAGGUAGCUGAUUUGUAUGGCGACUUUAUCGAUCUCACCAGUGAGAUAUAGUGAGUCACGAUGGCUGGUGGUGAAUUCUAUCUCAGCUCGGAUGCCCUUCAAGAUUCAUUGCUAUUCUGAAGCUACUGCAUGUGGGUCGAAAGGUUAAAUCAGUUUUAAUAGGGACCUGUCAGCUUAUUUCUCUGUAGAGAAUGGUGUGAUGCAAGGUUGUGUGUGUUGAUAAUACUACUACACACUGUAGCUUUAGACAGUAAAGGAAUCCAUCCUAUACCUAAAUUAGGCAACUAUCCUUCAAUGAUGCUUUGCUGGAGUAAAACAGGGCCAGUUAUCCAGCCAGAGCUGGAAAUGACCUCCUGCGCAAACUCAUCUUAGUGCUAUUGAUGACUAAGAUACAUUGUAGUAUAUAAACUAUGGUAAAAUUUUUUUUUUUUAUAUUAGUCACCAAGAAUUUUAGACCCUAAGCUGGAUAUUUUAAAAUUUUUUAAAUACAUUAUUUUUCAGACUUAUCUACAUACAAAUAAAUCCCAGAUGAAUAGAAUCACUAUUUCACUCCUCGUUACUUUCAUUAUUUAGUUUUAUUUCAAACAACUAGUUUCUUACCAUGUUUUAUUGUGCUUUAAAUGAAGACUGCUUAACACACAUGCAAGUUCUCAACUAUGCAUUCUAGAUAAGACUUUAAAAUAUUUAUUUACCAGGGGAAUAUGUCAUUAAGUCUCCAAGAUUAAGUUUCUUAAGUAUCACUACACUAUUCCUGACUAACCUAUGUUUGUUAUAACUUCAGUUUCAUUCUAGCUACACUUUUGGUUUUGAGAUUUCUAUUCACAAAAUUAUUUCUUUAUUCUUCUAAAUAUGUAUCCUAACUGUAUAUUCUACUAAAUAUGUAUCCUAACUGUAUAUUCUACUAAAUAUGUAUCCUAACUGUAUAUAACAUUUUUUAAUUUUUCAGAUAUCCCUUAGCGAAAAUGCCAAAAGUAAGCUAUCUCUCCAAUGUUCACUGGACCUGACAGACAAUCAAGGAUUGAAAUCACUGAAUCCAAAUUUAGUUGCAGCCAAAGUGAGCGAAAGUAUGAAAAAUAUUAUGAAUCAAGAAAGACCUUCAGUUAAGACCAAGGAAGUGAUUACAGUUAACACAAGUCUGGACCUGGACACAUUCUCAAAGCUCUUACCUUUCUUGCGAUGUUACUUUGUGAAUUCUCUGGUGAAUGAAGAAAACAAACUAAAUGUGGAGGACCAAGCCUCAAAAACUACUAGACUUAUCAAGACUACAAAUCCAAUUUAUUCAACUAAUGCUGAUGCCUCAAACACAACCAGACUUAACGAGACCACUGACCCAACCUAUUCAACUAAUGCUGAUGCCUCAAACACAACCAGACUUAACGAGACCACUGACCCAACCUAUUCAACUAAUGCUGAUGGCUCAAUGGAAAAAAAAAAUCCUAAUGGUCAUUUCAAUUUGCUCAACUUUCUUGAUUGCUGUCGCAUUGGCUCCUCAACAGCUGUUCAAUUUAGUAUUCAAAGCAAUGCUGUGGUCUGCACCUCCAAUGCUGCUGAAGAAAUAGAGAUUGCAAACAGUACAGAAGAAAACCAUGUUUAUGACUCAGUAAUAUAUACAGGAUAUCAGACCCCCAAGACUUCAGAGGGCCUAACUGUAACUAUUAAUAGAACCUCCACCCGUAUUACUGACCAAACUGAAACAGAUCCAGUUUAUAUUAAUAUGGCUUGCCAAACUAUCCAGCCCAAAUCUUCAGAGUGCCUUAUUGAAAGCAUCUAUAAAAUACCUACAAACAAUGCUGUCCGAAUUUUCCAGCCCAAGACUUCAGAUAGUCAAACUGCAACUGUUAGUCAAACCUCUACCUGUGUUGCUGACCAAACUCUUAAUGAUUGCAAAUGCCCAACUGAAACUGAUCCAGUUUAUAUUAAUAUGGCUUGCCAAACUACUGUCAAUGAAAGGAAUAAAUGAAAAAAUUUGAGCAGCCUCAAAUAUACUGAAAUUUUAUUCUACAAAAAUGUAACUUCCUUCAGAAUGAAAAAAAAACAAGUUUUGGGCAAUUAUAUGGAAAAAAAAACAAGUUUGGGACAAUUUGAAAAAUGUCUGAUUCAGGUCUUUUUGAAUGAUUGUUGUGUUUUUUUAAUAUUAAAAUAAUUUUUUUUUGUGUUUUAGAUCUAUAUGUUAUCACUGUAAAAUUGAGUUGUUUAAUUUCAUAUGCAUAAGUCUUGUUAAGUUGUUCAGUAUUUCAUAAAGAUAUUUCCUUUUGAUACCAUCAUAAGCGAUUUAAGUUGUACUAGUACAUUGUUUUCUUGACAUUUUUUUUAGUUUGUAUUUAUGUUAUGAGUGCUGCUUUCAAUCUGUUAGUAUUACUUCUUCCAAAAUUCUUGAUAUUGGUUAGUCUUAUUGUGAAUUCAGGUUUUUUCCUCCAUUUUUAUUAGCUCUGUUGUAAUUUUGGUCCUCUCCUGGUGCUUCUAAUUUUUUUAUUUCUGAUGUUUAAAUUAGAGUUGGUGAGUUUAUAGUGUUGGUAGGUUUAUAGUGUUGAUGGCUGUUCAUAUUUUCCUUUGUCUCCAUCUUGUUUUAUUUAGGAACUCCUCAAAGUAUUCAGCCCAUUUGUCAAUGACCCUUCUGUUUUUUUUGUGACGAGGACACCAUUAUUGUUCUCAUACAUGUGUGAUCUUGCUUGAAAUCCAUUCUUGUCAUCCCUUAUUUUCAUGCCCAUUCCUCUCGCAUCAAGGUUCUCAAUGAGUGCUCUUUGUUUUUUUUUAUUGCCUCAUUUUUAUGCUUUUUGACAGAUUUUGUAACCCUUGGCCUUGCUUCUUUGUACUGCUUUCUGGUUUCUUUCUUUAGCAUUAUUUGUCUGUUCAAUAUGCCUGCAUUCUAUAUGUCAGACUCUCCUUUUCUUUUGCUCAAAUCCAACCAUGUCAUCUGCUUUACUUUUAAUAGCAUGUUAUUGUUUUUUUAUUGCUCAUUUGUUAUAAUUAGGAUUACCCACAGGCUAUGUCUGUUGUUGUGCUUCAACAAUUUAUCUUUUGGUCUGUGAAUUCUAGUAUAUGCUUCAUUUAAUUGGAGUGGCCAGCUUUAAAUUCCUUCCCAUACACACUUCUGGCCUGUGAACUGUUCUCAC